GUUCGUCUCCGUUUAUGGAUGCGUUAACAGCCAAUGGAACAACCAACAUACAGACAUCUGUUACAGGAGUGACAGCCGGAAAAAGGAAAUUUAUUGACGACAGAAGAGACCAGCCUUUUGACAAGCGGUUGCGUUUCAGUGUGAGGCAAACAGAAAGUGCCUACAGAUACAGAGAUAUUGUCGUCAGGAAGCAGGAUGGCUUCACCCACAUCUUGUUGUCAACAAAAUCAUCAGAGAAUAACUCACUAAACCCAGAGGUAAUGAAAGAAGUCCAGAGUGCCCUGAGCACAGCUGCCGCCGACGACAGCAAACUCGUGCUGCUCAGCGCGGUGGGCAGUGUCUUCUGCUGCGGCCUCGACUUUAUUUAUUUUAUCCGGCGUUUAACAGAUGACAGAAAAAGAGAAAGCACUAAAAUGGCGGAAGCUAUCAGAAACUUCGUGAAUACUUUCAUUCAGUUUAAGAAGCCUAUAAUUGUAGCAGUAAAUGGCCCAGCCAUUGGACUAGGAGCCUCCAUAUUGCCUCUUUGUGAUGUGGUUUGGGCCAAUGAAAAGGCUUGGUUUCAAACACCCUAUACUACCUUCGGACAGAGUCCAGAUGGCUGUUCCACCGUUAUGUUUCCCAAGAUUAUGGGAGGAGCAUCUGCAAAUGAAAUGUUGCUGAGUGGACGGAAGCUGACGGCCCAGGAGGCGUGUGGCAAAGGCCUGGUCUCCCAGGUGUUUUGGCCUGGGACCUUCACCCAAGAAGUCAUGGUUCGCAUCAAGGAGCUUGCCUCCUGUAAUCCAGUUGUGCUGGAAGAAUCGAAAGCCCUUGUGCGCUGUAACAUGAAGAUGGAGCUGGAGCAAGCCAACGAGAGGGAGUGUGAAGUGCUGAAGAAGAUCUGGGGCUCAGCGCAAGGGAUGGACUCCAUGCUGAAGUACCUGCAGAGGAAGAUAGAUGAGUUCUGAUUGGCAGGUGCCUGCUGGUGACACUGGAAUUCUAGAGCAGGACAUCUGUCGCACCAGGUUGCCCUCCUCCAUCCCCACAGCCUGAAACAAGUUCACUCUUAGCUCACGCUUGGAAGCAGGACUUGCGACAUCCAAGCUAUUUAUUAUCAAGGAGUUUUUAAGUACUGUAACUUUAAAAUAAAUAACUACAAAGCUCCUUUGUCCGAACGUCAUUAUUUUAUACUUAAUAUACACACAAGUAUAAAAGUAUAAUGGUGAGCUCUAGACUCCUCUUUGAAGCUCCAAUUUUUGUUAUCUUUAGCUAGUACUGUAUAAAAAAAGAAACGAAGUGUGUUUUGCUGGUUUUGGGUGGCAGAAAGGUCUGGAAUAAUGUUUUCCUGAUUUUUUUCCUUCUAGAACACAGAAUCUAGAGAGGUAUUAGCCAGCCUCCUCUCUCCUGCCCCAGUUAGAGAUACAGAAAGAUCUGAGAUGUGCCUCUGUCUCAAAAGGUACAGAUACCUCAGAGAUGAAAUGUCCUGAAUCAAAAGGAAAACUUACCUUGUAGGAUAAGUAUUUCUGAUGAAAGACCGACUGACAAACAUACCCCUAAAGUACACAGGAUUCAUGCUGGAAAAUCCAUUGAUUCUUCCUUUUUAGUAUGUCCAGUUCUUACCCAGUUAACAUGAAGAAACCACACUCUUCAGAAGAAAGCUUGUUUGCAGUAUUAGUGAAUCACUGAAUAGCUUAAGUAUGAAUAUCUAAGUUAUAAGUUAGUUUUAGUGGAGUUUAAAGAGUUUCUCUGACCCUUUUGAAAAAAUAACUACAUAAGUGCUUCUUGUUGCUGGGUGAGAAAUACUACUUUAUAUACAGUUUUGGUUUUCUAUUUGCAGAUAUGAUUGAUGUAUUACACCAAAAAAAAUAUUUUUAUGUUUAUAAAGUGUAAUUUUUAGGUUCACUUAGAAUAUAUUUUAUUUAAUAAGUUAAAAUUCUUUUGGCACACUAUUAAAUGCAGAAACUCCUUUAAAAAAAAAAAAAAAGAACUACCUUAUAUUCAAUGUUUAAUGUUCCUGGUCUCUGCUUUCAUGUCUACGCACUAUGCGGAGUACAGUGUGGUGUCCAAGAGUGCCCUGUGUAAAUAGACAUUCACAUUCCUUUCAGGAGUGGGGACUGAUUCCUGAUUACAGACGCCUAUUAUUAGUUAGGCUUCUGAGCUUGCAAUCAUAUUGAAUGUAUGAAGAAUGAAAUAAAAUCAAAACCUUAUUUUUGUACAGUUUGGAAGUUUAUACUUAGAACCGACCACCUCCCAGCCACGUGGGGAGCUGUACAGUGUGUAAAUCCGCCUUUACCUUGGAUUGGUUGGUGCAGUAUUUUUGCAUCUGUGGGACCUACUUUUUCGUUCAGUAGUUUGAACUAUAUAUAAUAAACUGUACAAUCUGUAAAGUUUUUAUAGAAUAAAUAUUCAGCUGUGAAAACUGGUUAAAUAAAACUAAUAUUUCUUAACACAUUU